GCGAGGGCUGGCUGCACGCCCGCGGGCUACGACACCGGCGUCAAGGUGUACAACAGCCUCACCCGGAGGAAGGACCCCUUGAUCGUGAGCAACGUGGACGCCGUCUCCUGGUAUUCCUGUGGACCAACUGUCUACGAUCACGCACACCUUGGCCAUGCUUGCUCGUAUGUGAGAUUUGAUAUAAUUCGAAGGAUCCUAAGCAGGGUUUUCGGGUGCAACAUCAUCAUGGUGAUGGGAGUUACGGACGUGGAUGAUAAAAUAAUCAAGAGAGCCAACGAGAUGAAUGUGUCACCUGCUUCUCUUGCCAAUCUUUACGAAGAAGAUUUUAAACAGGACAUGGCAGCCUUGAAGGUUCUCCCGCCCACGGUGUACCUGAGGGUGACCGACAACAUCCCGCAGAUCAUUGCUUUCAUCGAAGGAAUAGUUGCUCGUGGGCAUGCUUACUCUACAGCGAAAGGCAACGUCUACUUCGACCUGCAGUCCAGAGGCGACAAGUACGGCAGGCUGGUCGGCGUGGCCCCGGGGCCUGUGGGAGAGCCAGUUGACUCUGACAAGCGGCACCCCAGCGACUUUGCCCUGUGGAAGGCAGCGAAGCCCCAGGAGCCAGCUUGGGCUUCUCCCUGGGGAAGCGGCAGGCCCGGCUGGCACAUCGAGUGUUCUACCAUCUGCAGCCUGGUGUUUGGAAGCCGCCUGGACAUCCACUCGGGUGGGAUCGACUUGGCUUUCCCGCACCACGAGAAUGAAAUCGCUCAGUGCGAGGCCUUCCAUCAGUGCCAGCAGUGGGGCAAUUACUUCCUGCAUGCUGGACAUUUGCAUGUGAAAGGCAAAGAAAAAAUGUCCAAAUCCCUGAAGAACUACAUCACCAUUAAGGACUUCCUCCGGGCCGCCUCCCCUGACGUCUUCCGGCUCUUCUGCCUGCGGAGCAACGUGGCAGGUGGCGGGCGCAAGGAGCCCGCCGGCAGCGCGGAGGGGGUGCCCCCAGCCCACUGCUCAUUAAAGGGCUCGGCGAGCUCGCCCUGUUCCGUUACAUCCAGGCAGAGGCAGAGGGAAGGGGCGGAAGGGCUACCCCGGGCGGGAGUCCAGAGGCUGAGGAUGGAGCCCCCCGGGGGUGUCCAUCCAGCGGGACUGGCCAGCGCACUGCUUCUCCUGCCACCUGGCCGGUCCGGGGAUGACCCCGUCUGCUCCUUUCCCCAAAGCCUGGGCCGCACCAAGGGGGCCGUGCAGGAGGCCUUAGCAGAUGACUUCAACACGCCAGGGGCGGUGGACGCCGUCAUGGGCCUUGUCCACCAUGGGAACAGACAGCUCAAGGCGGCCUCAGAGGAACCCGGUGGUCCCAGGAGCCCCGCCGUGUUUGGCGCCGUUGUGUCCUACGUGGAGCAGUUCUUUGAGACAGUCGGCGUUUCCCUGGUGGACCAACAGCGUGCUGCAGGGGCUGGCAGCCGGGCCGCGCUGCACAGCGUCGUGGAGGAGCUGGUCCGGUUCCGGCUGAAGGUCCGGCAGUUCGCCCUGGCCACGGGAGAAGCCUCUGGGGAGGCCCGGCGGCAGCAGCUCCUGCAGAGGCGGCCCCUGCUGGAGGCGUGCGACGCACUGCGCAGGGACCUCGCUGCCCAUGGCGUCAGCAUCAAGGACAGGAGCAGCACGUCCACGUGGGAGCUACUGGACCCGAGGACAGGAGACCCCCAAACCAGGGAGCUGAGGACUCGUGAAGCCCAGUCUGCCUUGAGUCACGAUAAAAGUUUUAUAUUAAAGUUUCCUGUUGUGGCUGUUUAAUAAACGAUCCAUCCAUUGAA